UUAAAUAUAAUAAAAAUUAUUGCGAAAAAAGAAAAGUGGAUCCCCAACCUUAAUAAUAAACGCACUAAAAAGCGAAAUAUCAGCGGUAAGAAAUGAGUAAUGAAGCAACAUCCCUGGAGGAUCUUCCAUCCUCAAUCUUGUUACAAAUUCUCUCUACAUCACCUCCCACCACACUCUUAUACGUCAAAAGCGUCUCCAAAUCUUUUCUAAAUCUAACCUUAGAUUCCCAAUUUACAAAUCUAUCACGCUCAACAUCUCCAGCCAGCAUCAUCAUCAACCAAUUCAACUCUAUUAGGACAGCUUCUCGGACCAACAUCUUAAAGUUCUUGAAAUUCGUAGUCGAUAACUCCAAUCAUUCAUAUUGCCAUGAUCCAAAUUUUGAUCUUGAUCUGCAACUUUACUUUCCUGUUGAUACAUUUUGGCUGGUUGGAUCGGUUCAUGGUUUCGUUUCUUUUAAUUACUUUUUCGGUGAUGUUGAUAGUAUUUACAUCCUCAAUCCAACAGCUAGAGAAUAUAUCAUCCUUCCUGAGGCACAUGGAGUAAGAAAGUGGCCUAAUUUAGUCACUUAUGGCUUUGGUUUCGAUCCUGUUAGGUUCGAGUACAAAGUGGUUAGAAUUUACCAAGAGGAAAUCCGCGAUGAUGAUACUAAUGUUUCUCGUUAUUACAAGUCUGAAGCUCAAGUUUACACAAUUGGCAAAGGGUGUUGGACAAGUAGUGUAGGACAUGUCAUGUUCUGUUUUGGAUGCAGGGCAUACGGGGUGAAUCUAUAUGGAAAACUUCAUUGGUUGGUUUCUGAUGCUAAUCGAAAUGAGUUAAUAUGUUCGUUUAAUUUGGAGAACGAGUUGUUUGAAUCAUUCCCAACGGCUCCAGGCUACACUGAGGAAAAUUGUCCAAAUUUACGAAGUUUGGGAGUUUUUGGACGUUGUCUAUGUGUGUGUGAUAAUAAUGCAGAUAGUCAUUUUGAGGUAUGGGUGAUGAAAGAAUAUGGAGCUAUUAGCUCGUGGGUAAAAGAGAUUGUCAUAAACAUAAUUCCUGAAUGCAACAAUUGGUUGUGCUAUGAAAUGAUUUAUCUGUUGAAAGUUUUGGAGGAUGGAGAGGUGUUGUUCUUGUGGCGCGACGAUUUCUUGUUCUUGUACCAUCCUGUGAAGAAAACUUUGAAAAAGUUUGAUGUCUGUGAAGGGAACUUCUUGGCAUCUGCCCAUAUAUCAAGCUCCUUUUCUCUCAAGAAUUUUGAAGCAGAGGUCGUGAAUGUCUUUUAGAUUGUCAAAUGCAUGUAUUGUACUACUAAAGUAUAUUGUUAGCAUUCUGUUUUAUAUAUUUACUCAUGUCGACUGCAAUUCUUUGCUUUGUAUUAAAAGAAAAUUGGUUAGUAAGCUUAUGUUUUUAACCACCAUA